UAAGUGAACAGCGGUCUGGGACCUGAGCGGACUGCUCUCCUGAAGCGCAUGGAUUCAUGGUCUGUCCCGAAAUAACGAAGGAAUUGCGUUUGGGGAAAAAAGUUAAGUAAUGGCAUCUGUACAUGCGUCCUCUGGUCCCAAAACCUUCCAAAGUGGAAUUAAUCGUCAUUCCUCCUAAAUAAAGUCUGAGAGCAGUUAUCAAACAUGAGAACACCAACAGCCCUCCUGCCCAUUUUUCUCCUACAUCAGGUGUGGUGCAGGAAGGUCCAGCUGCAAUUCCCAGAGACAGAGCUGAUAGAGUGGGGGGAGGGGGUCCAUGAGGAGAAGUUCUCCCCCAGCGGAGCCAGAGCCAGUCCCAGAGUCUUCAACCCCCUGAGGCUGUUCGCUAGGGGGGUCCCUGGAGCCCCUGGGGCCGUCAGGGCCCCCAGCCUUAAACACAACCCCAUCAGGGACAUGACAUACCUAGAGAACAUGGAGGACUUCUGGGAUUGGUUAUCCAACCAGACAGAUGUUCAGGCCAGCCAGGCCAGAACCAAGCGACGACCCAUCGUCAAGACGGGCAAGUUCAAGAAGAUGUUUGGUUGGGGAGACUUCCACUCCAACAUCAAGACUGUCAAGCUCAACCUGCUGAUCACCGGGAAGAUCGUAGACCACGGUAACGGAACGUUCAGCGUCUACUUCCGCCACAACUCCACUGGCCUGGGGAACGUGUCGGUGAGUCUGGUGCCACCGUCUAAAGUGGUGGAGUUUGAGAUGGCUCAGCAGUCCACACUGGAGACCAAAGACUCUAAAGCUUUCAACUGUCGCAUCGAGUAUGAGAAGACAGACCGAAACAAGAAGACGGCUCUGUGCAGCUUCGACUCCUCCAAGGUGUGUUACCAGGAACAGACACAGAGCCACGUCUCCUGGCUCUGCUCCAAGCCCUUUAAAGUAAUCUGCAUCUACAUCGCCUUCUACAGCGUGGACUACAAACUGGUGCAGAAGGUCUGCCCGGACUACAACUACCAUAGUGACACUCCCUACUCCUCCACUGGCUGAAGGUCUGCUCAGACUACAACUACCAUAGUGACACUCCCUACUCCUCUACUGGCUGAAGGUCUGCCCAGACUCCAACUACCAUAGUAACACUCCCUACUCCUCCACUGGCUGAAGGUCUGCCCGGACUACAACUACCAUAGUAACACUCCCUACUCCUCUACUGGCUGAAGGUCUGCCCAGACUCCAACUACCAUAGUAACACUCCCUACUCCUCCACUGGCUGAAGGUCUGCCCGGACUACAACUACCAUAGUAACACUCCCUACUCCUCCACUGGCUGAAGGUCUGCCCAGACUCCAACUACCAUAGUAACACUCCCUACUCCUCCACUGGCUGAAGGUCUGCCCGGACUACAACUACCAUAGUAACACUCCCUACUCCUCUACUGGCUGAAGGUCUGCCCAGACUCCAACUACCAUAGUAACACUCCCUACUCCUCUACUGGCUGAAGGUCUGCUCAGACUACAACUACCAUAGUAACACUCCCUACUCCUCUACUGGCUGAAGGUCUGCUCGGACUACUACUACCAUAGUAACACUCCCUACUCCUCUACUGGCUGAAGGUCUGCUCAGACUCCAACUACCAUAGUAACACUCCCUACUCCUCUACUGGCUGAAGGUCUGCCCGGACUCCAACUACCAUAGUAACACUCCCUACUCCUCUACUGGCUGAAGGUCUGCCCAGACUACAACUACCAUAGUAACACUCCCUACUCCUCUACUGGCUGAAGGUCUGCUCAGACUCCAACUACCAUAGUAACACUCCCUACUCCUCUACUGGCUGAAGGUCUGCUCAGACUCCAACUACCAUAGUAACACUCCCUACUCCUCCACUGGCUGAAGGUCAGCCCAGACUCCAACUACCAUAGUAACACUCCCUACUCCUCCACUGGCUGAAGGUCUCUCCAGACUCCAACUACCAUAGUGACACUCCCUACUCCUCUACUGGCUGAAGGUCUGCCCGGACUACAACUACCAUAGUGACACUCCCUACUCCUCCACUGGCUGAAGGUCUGGCCAGACUCCAACUACCAUAGUGACACUCCCUACUCCUCUACUGGCUGAAGGUCAGCCCAGACUACAACUACCAUAGUGACACUCCCUACUCCUCUACUGGCUGAAGGUCUGCUCAGACUCCAACUACCAUAAUGACACUCCCUACUCCUCUACUGGCUGAAGGUCUGCCCAGACUCCAACUACCAUAAUGACACUCCCUACUCCUCCACUGGCUGAAAGUCUGCCCAGACUCCAACUACCAUAAUGACACUCCCUACUCCUCUACUGGCUGAAGGUCUGCCCAGACUCCAACUACCAUAGUAACACUCCCUACUCCUCCACUGGCUGAAAGUCUGCCCAGACUCCAACUACCAUAAUGACACUCCCUACUCCUCUACUGGCUGAAGGUCUGCCCAGACUCCAACUACCAUAGUAACACUCCCUACUCCUCCACUGGCUGAAGGUCUGCCCAGACUCCAACUACCAUAGUGACACUCCCUACUCCUCCACUGGCUGAAGGUCUGCCCAGAUUCCAACUACCAUAGUGACACUCCCUACUCCUCUACUGGCUGAAGGUCUGCCCAGACUCCAACUACAAUAGUAACACUCCCUACUCCUCUACUGGCUGAAGGUCUGCUCGGACUACAACUACCAUAGUGACACUCCCUACUCCUCCACUGGCUGAAGGUCUGUCCAGACUCCAACUACCAUAAUGACACUCCCUACUCCUCUACUGGCUGAAGGUCUCUCCAGACUCCAACUACCAUAGUAACACUCCCUACUCCUCUACUGGCUGAAAGUCUGCUCAGACUACAACUACCAUAGUAACACUCCCUACUCCUCUACUGGCUGAAGGUCUGCUCGGACUACAACUACCAUAGUGACACUCCCUACUCCUCCACUGGCUGAAGGUCUGUCCAGAUUCCAACUACCAUAAUGACACUCCCUACUCCUCCACUGGCUGAAGGUCUGCUCAGACUACAACUACCAUAGUAACACUCCCUUGUCCUCUACUGGCUGAAGGUCUGCCUGGACUACAACUACCAUAGUAACACUCCCUACUCCUCCACUGGCUGAAGGUCUGCCCAGACUCCAACUCCCAUAGUAACACUCCCUACUCCUCUACUGGCUGAAGGUCUGCCUGGACUACAACUACCAUAGUAACACUCCCUACUCCUCCACUGGCUGAAGGUCUGCCCAGACUCCAACUACCAUAGUAACACUCCCUACUCCUCUACUGGCUGAAGGUCUGCCCAGACUCCAACUACCAUAGUAACACUCCCUACUCCUCUACUGGCUGAAGGUCUGCCCAGAUUCCAACUACCAUAGUAACACUCCCUACUCCUCUACUGGCUGAAGGUCUCUCCAGACUACAACUACCAUAGUAACACUCCCUACUCCUCCACUGGCUGAAGGUCUGCCCAGACUCCAACUACCAUAGUGACACUCCCUACUCCUCUACUUGCUGAAAGUCUGCUCAGACUACAACUACCAUAGUAACACUCCCUACUCCUCUACUGGCUGAAGGUCUGCCCAGACUCCAACUACCAUAGUAACACUCCCUACUCCUCCACUGGCUGAAGGUCUGCCCAGACUCCAACUACCAUAGUAACACUCCCUACUCGUCCACUGGCUGAAGGUCUGCCUGGACUACAACUACCAUAGUAACACUCCCUACUCCUCUACUGGCUGAAGGUCUGCCUGGACUACAAUUACCAUAGUAACACUCCCUACUCCUCCACUGGCUGAAGGUCUGCUCAGACUCCAACUACCAUAGUAACACUCCCUACUCCUCCACUGGCUGAAGGUCUGCCCAGACUACAACUACCAUAGUAACACUCCCUACUCCUCUACUGGCUGAAGGUCUGCCCAGACUUCAACUACCAUAGUAACACUCCCUACUCCUCCACUGGCUGAAGGUCUGCCUGGACUACAACUACCAUAGUAACACUCCCUACUCCUCCACUGGCUGAAGGUCUGCCUGGACUACAACUACCAUAGUAACACUCCCUACUCCUCUACUGGCUGAAGGUCUGCCUGGACUACAACUACCAUAGUAACACUCCCUACUCCUCCACUGGCUGAAGGUCUGCCCAGACUCCAACUACCAUAGUGACACUCCCUACUCCUCUACUGGCUGAAGGUCUGCUCAGACUCCAACUACCAUAGUAACACUCCCUACUCCUCCACUGGCUGAAGGUCUGCUCAGACUACAACUACCAAAGUGACACUCCCUACUCCUCUACUGGCUGAAGGUCUGCUCAGACUACAACUACCAUAGUAACACUCCCUACUCCUCUACUGGCUGAAGGUCUGCCCAGACUCCAACUACCAUAGUGACACUCCCUACUCCUCCACUGGCUGAAGGUCUGCCCAGACUCCAACUACCAUAGUAACACUCCCUACUCCUCUACUGGCUGAAGGUCAGCCCAGACUCCAACUACCAUAGUAACACUCCCUACUCCUCCACUGGCUGAAGGUCUGCCCAGACUCCAACUACCAUAGUAACACUCCCUACUCCUCUACUGGCUGAAGGUCGGCCCAGACUCCAACUACCAUAGUAACACUCCCUACUCCUCUACUGGCUGAAGGUCUGCUCAGACUACAACUACCAUAGUAACACUCCCUACUCCUCCACUGGCUGAAGGUCUGCCUGGACUACAACUACCAUAGUGACACUCCCUACUCCUCCACUGGCUGAAGGUCUGCCUGGACUACAACUACCAUAGUGACACUCCCUACUCCUCUACUGGCUGAAGGUCUGCCUGGACUACAACUACCAUAGUGACACUCCCUACUCCUCUACUGGCUGAAGGUCUGCCCAGACUCCAACUACCAUAGUGACACUCCCUACUCCUCUACUGGCUGAAGGUCUGCCUGGACUACAACUACCAUAGUGACACUCCCUACUCCUCUACUGGCUGAAGGUCUGCUCGGACUACAACUACCAUAGUGACACUCCCUACUCCUCUACUGGCUGAAGGUCUGCCCAGACUCCAACUACCAUAAUGACACUCCCUACUCCUCCACUGGCUGAAGGUCUGCCCAGACUCCAACUACCAUAGUGACACUCCCUACUCCUCCACUGGAUGAAGGUCAGCCCAGACUCCAACUACCAUAGUGACACUCCCUACUCCUCUACUGGCUGAAGGUCUGCCCAGACUCCAACUACCAUAGUAACACUCCCUACUCCUCCACUGGCUGAUCCAGUCUAAGCAUGUACCUGGAUCUCCCAUAAAGUUAGUAGGAUCACAAUAUCACUAGCCCUGGUUACAAUAUCACUAACCCUGGUUACAAUAUCACCAACCCUGGUUACAAUAUCACUAACCCUGGUUACAAUAUCACUAACCCUGGUUACAAUAUCACUAACCCUGGUUACAACAUCACUAGCCCUGGUUACAAUAUCACCAACCUUGGUUCAACCCUGGUUGACCAUUCUGUUAGUAUGACCACAAUAUGACCAACCCUUGUUCAAUUCUGGUUCAACCCUGGUUCUGUUAGUAUGACCACAAUAUGAUCAAAUCGUGUUCAACCUUGGUUCAACCCUGGUUCUGUUAAUAUGACCAACUCUUGUUCAACCUUGUGCAACUUGGUUCAACCCUGGUUCUGUUAGUAUGACCACAAUAUGACCCAACUCUGGUUAAACUGCUCUGUUAUGAUGACCACAAUAUGACCCAACUCUGGUUAAACUGACCCCAUGAAUUCUGACCCCUCUGUUCCUCCUGUAAUGAUGAUCCCUCUGUUCCUCCUGUAAUGAUGACCCCUCUGUUCCUCCUGUAAUGAUGACCCCUCUGUUCCUCCUGUAAUGAUGACCCCUCUGUUCCUCCUGUAAUGAUGACCCCUCUGUUCCUCCUGUAAUGAUGACCCC